CAUACACACAUCUCUUCCACUCAAAAAAGCGGAGAAAAAGUGUGAAAAUUGUGUAAAUUUUAAGAAAAUAAACAAUAAAGCAUUGAACUAAAAGUGCAACUCAAGCGUUUUACCGUCGUGUUUACAUAAGUGGUUUGCAUGCGUCGCUUGAAGAAAUUAUCAAAAAGUCACAGUGUGACGGGAGGAACUGCGGAAAAUGAUGCGGCGGCGACUGCAGUGACCGCGACUUCAGCAACAAUAACAACAACAACAGCAGCGGCUGAUGCGACCAUGCUAGAAACGAAUGGCGGUGGCGGCGAAUCUCUGCUAAAUGCAGAGAUCUUUAAGCAUUUCGAUAAAACGGGUCGCAGUGAAUUUUUGAAAUACCUAAAACAACAGCUGCAGGAUGACGCCGAGAGUCCUGUUUUCGAUCGUGAUGGCGCCUUUAAGCAUGGCAUUUCGAAUGCCAUCUACGAGCUAUUGUGGCAAGCAUUGCGUUACAAGAUCAAGAAAGAUGUGCUGCUUCAUGUACUCGGCGAUGUGGUGGCGCUACACAAAGAGUUUCCCAGUCUAAUACUGGAUGUGGUCAAUAUACUGGAUAGCGAAACGUCGCUGAUGACCGAUGGCUUGCAGGAAGAGCGCCAUGGUUUUGUCCAAAUCGUGAAGGAUCUGGAUAAAGUGCUGCCCGAAAGUCUGCUGAAGGAGCGUCUCGAAAUCGAUACCCUGCAGGAAGUAGGCAUUGUGAAGAACAAAAGCUUCUACACCAAGUUCAUCAAAGUGAAGACCAAGCUCUACUACAAGCAGCGUCGGUUCAAUUUGUUUCGCGAGGAGAGCGAAGGCUUUGCCAAGCUCAUCACGGAGCUUAAUCAGGACUUUGAGGAGCACACGACUCCCGAAACGAUUAUGGACAUAAUCAAAUCAUUGAUCGGUUGCUUCAAUCUGGAUCCCAAUCGCGUGCUGGACAUCAUUAUUGAGUCGUUUGAGACGCGCCCCGAUCGCUGGAAGCUGUUUAUACCGCUGCUGCGCAGCUAUAUGCCCACAGGUGCCAUUAUUUGUGAAGUCCUAGGUUACAAGUUUUGCCACUUUAAAGCCGCUCGCACGCCACGCUCGCUGUAUCACAUGUGCGCCUUGCUGCUAAAGCAUGGCGUCAUUGAGCUGAACGAUGUUUAUGUGUGGCUAUCGCCAAAUGAUGGCAGCAUUCGUGCCGAUUGGGAGCAAGAGCUCGCGGACGCCAGAGAAAUGGUGCGCAAACUGCAUGUAAUUGCCACAAACAAGAAAGAGGAUGAUAAGGAACCAGUGGCUCCGCCCAGUAUAAAAAAGUUCGAUGAGGACAAAUACAAUAUGAAUCAAAAGUUUGGACUAUGCGAAGCAUUGCUCAAGGUUGGCGACUGGGAGAAUGCGCAUAAAAUCAUACAAAAGCUGCCAGAUCAAGCGGUUGUGGUGCAGGAGCCCAUAGCGCGUGCCAUUGUCGAGUUGGUGCACCUCUCUGUGGAGCAGAUUUACUACAAAAAGUGUUUCAAGGCGCCUGCCGGACGCAAACCAAGUCGCAGCCGCCUCUACGAGGAUGCCAGCCUGGUGGCCAAGUUGCAGGCGCGUGAAUUCAACGAUCUGCGCAAAUACACAUGGCCCAUGGCCAAUGUGCUGGGACCAGCGAUGCACUGUGACACCGUGUUGAUGUACAAACUGGUGCGCAUUAUGGCAAAAAUACUGCUCGAUAUGGGCGUGGAUAGCUUGAAUGGUCCGGCGCCAAAUACGGAUGCCGAGCAGAGUUAUUAUGAUAUAAUUAGUUGUCUGGAUUCGAGCAUUUUGCCAUCGCUUUUGUAUUUGGACAGCAAUUGUUCUAUGUCGGAGGAGAUUUGGGCUGUGCUCAAAUUCUUUCCGUAUCACUUACGAUACAGUAUGUAUGCGCGCUGGAAGAACGACAGCUAUCAAUUACAUCCGAAUCUGAUACGACGCUGCGGACUUGGGCAGCGUGACAUCAAGGCGCUAAUGAAGCGCCUUAGCAAGGAGAAUGUGAAGCCCUUUGGACGUCUGGUGGGCAAGUACAGUCAUUGUGCGCCUGGACUGCUCUUUGAUUAUAUCCUUGUGCAGAUACAAAUUUAUGACAAUUUAAUUGGUCCCGUUUGCGACAUGCUCAAAUACCUAACAGCCUUGUCGUUUGACUGCUUGGGUUACUGCAUCAUUGAAUCGCUGGCCAUGACGUCGCGUGGACGCUUCAAGGAUGACGGAACCUCGCUCUCUCUGUGGCUGCAGAGUCUCGCCUCGUUUUGCGGCACCAUCUAUAAAAAGUACAGCAUCGAGAUGAGCGGACUGCUGCAAUAUGUGGCCAAUCAAUUAAAGUCACAGAAGAGUCUCGAUCUGUUGGUGCUACGUGAAAUUGUGCACAAAAUGGCCGGCGUCGAGUCGUGCGAGGAGAUGACCAACGAUCAGCUGCAGGCGCUUUGUGGUGGCGAACAGUUGCGCGGCGAGGCGGGCUACUUUAGUCAGGUGCGCAACACUAAAAAGUCAUCGAAUCGCUUGAAGGAGGCUUUGGCCAACAAUGAUCUCGCUGUGACGCUGUGUCUGCUGAUGGCACAGCAGAAGCAUUGUGUUAUUUAUCGCGAGACCGCUGCGCAUAGCCAUCUGAAGCUGGUGGGUAGUCUGUAUGAUCAGUGCCAGGAUGCCUUGGUGCAGUUUGGCACAUUCCUUGGCUCCUCGUACUCUGUGGACGAGUAUGUCGAGCGUUUGCCCUCCAUUAUUACCAUGUUGCGAGAAUAUCACAUCAACACGGAUGUUGCCUUCUUUCUGGCGCGUCCCAUGUUCACGCAUCAAAUCAAUCAAAAGUACGAUCAACUGCGUAAAGCAGAUCCCAAUGCCAAGAAACUGACGACCACACAGAAGCUGCAAAAGUAUCUGGAUGCCACGCAGCUGAUUAUGAACCCAAUUGUGGAGUCGGUGCGCCCGUUGCACAGUUCAAAAGUGUGGGAGGACAUUAGUCCGCAAUUUCUGGUCACAUUCUGGAGUCUGAGCAUGUACGAUCUGCAUGUGCCCAAUGAGAUCUAUCAGCGCGAAAUAGGCAAGCUCAAGCAGUUGGCACAGCAAGCAGCUGAUGUCAAGGAUUCGAAUCAGUCGAAGAAUAAGAAGGAACAAGAGCGCUACAUAGCGCUGAUGGAGAAGCUCAACGAUGAGCGGAAAAAGCAGCACGAACAUGUGGACAAGAUAUUGCAACGAUUGCAGGAACAAAAGGACGGCUGGUUCCUGUUGCGUUCGGCUAAAUCCGCCAAGAACGAUACAAUUACACAGUUCCUGCAGUUGUGCCUCUUUCCGCGCUGCACCUUUACUGCCCUGGACGCGCUGUAUUGCGCUAAGUUUGUACAGACCAUUCACAACCUCAAGACCUCCAAUUUCUCCACGCUCCUGUGUUAUGAUCGGCUCUUUUGCGACAUUACGUACUCGGUGACGUCGUGCACGGAGGGCGAAGCGACGCGUUACGGUCGCUUUCUUUGCGCCAUGCUGGAGACCGUGAUGCGUUGGCAUGCGGAUCAAGCUGUUUUCAACAAGGAAUGCGCCAAUUAUCCGGGCUUUGUGACCAAGUUCCGGGUUAGCAAUCAAUUCUCCGAGGCCAACGAUCAUGUGGGAUAUGAGAACUAUCGUCAUGUGUGCCACAAGUGGCACUACAAGAUUACCAAGGCAAUUGUCUUCUGUUUGGAUUCGAAGGAUUUCAUGCAAAUACGCAAUGCUUUAAUUAUCCUAAUGCGUAUACUUCCACACUAUCCGGUGCUGUCGAAACUGGCCCAGAUUAUUGAACGCAAGGUGGACAAAGUGCGUGAGGAGGAGAAGACAAAGCGACCGGAUUUGUUUGCCAUUGCCUCCAGUUACAUUGGUCAGCUGAAGCAGAAGACACCGCACAUGUUCAAAGAGAGUGAUUUCCAUCAGGUGGCUGAGCGAACAGCGAAAGAGACGCCGCCCACGCCCCCAACGUUGCCUGGUCCCGCUCAAGUCAAGGUGUUGGCCAAUGAUGCCAAGGCGACGACAACAACGACGACGGCAGCAGCAACGUCAGCGACAACAGCGCCAUCAACGGCAGCAGGCAACAGCAAAGAGCCGGAAGCCAAGUCAACAGCGGCAACACCACGCGGAGAAUCGAAGUCUGGCAAAGUUGAAAGCAGCAGCUCAACCAUUAGCUUAUCCAAAUCGGUGUCUGCGCCAGCUGCGAGCGAACGCGAGAGCAAACGUGAGGCCGUGACGCUGCAGUCGAGCAGCAGUCGCAGCCUAGACGCCAAGGAGGAGCUGCACACGAACAGCAGCAACAGCCAGAGCAACGGCAAUGGCAAUGGCAACAUUGCCAGCGAGCGACACAGUCGUGAACUCGAGCGCGAUCGCGAACGAGAACGCAGCGAACGUGAGCGAAACCGAGAGCGCGAAGAACGUCACAGCAUUAGCAGCACACGAAGCUCACAGCGUGAGAGCAAUCGUAACAAUAGCAACAACAGUAAGGAGCGCACCGAGGCGGAGCUACAGCAACGGGCACGAGAGCGAGCUCAGCGUGAACGCGACCGUCUCGAUGAGCUGAAGCAACGUGAGAAGUCAACACGUCGCGAGGAGCGCAGUCAGCAUCGCCAUGACCUGGAAACAGUUGAUCUGGUAUCGAUUAGCAAUUCGAAUCAGCAGCUGGAGCAGCAGCAGCAUCGCCACUACGAUGAGUACGAGGGACGUCAGCGGGAACGUGAGCGGGAUCGGGAUCUCAGCUCGGUGUCUAAUGACAGCAAUGGUUCACUUCAACAUCGACGCAGUCACGAGACAAUUGAAUACGAAAAAGAUUCAAAACGUCGCAAAUUGGAAUCAUCAUCAAGCAGUUCAAAGAAGGUUGAGGAGCUCGUAGAUAGUGUGAAGAAAGCACGAGGCCUCAAAACCAAAGAGCGCAACAAAGAUAAGCUGUCCGACGAGGAGCGCGAUGCACGCAAGGAUCGUAAGCUGGGCCGUAAGAGGGAUCGCAAUGAUGAGGCGAACAGCGGUGAACACAAGCGAAGGCGUGAAGCACAAAACGGCGAGGAUGAUAUGCGCGAACGCGAUCGACAUAGAGAGAAAUCAUCACGGGAGCGUUCACAUGAGAAAUUUGAUCGGGAUCGUGGCGGCAGUUCGCGAGGCGAUGAUCGACAGUACAGCAGCAUCUCGAAGACGUCGCGCUCAUCGAGAAUUAAUUACUGAACGAAUGUUGGAAAGUUCGAUAUUUCCACAUUGUGAAGUGCAUUUGAUUUAAAAAAAUAAAAAUGAUUAAAAUUU